AUGUCACAACAAGAGAAGAGACCACUUGAAACCGAUUAUCAUGACCAAGCACAUUCUCUCCCUGCUAUAUCACAGAGUAUGAUUAGCUCGCAAAUAGAGCUUUCAGAAUCUCAAGAACAAUUACUAAAGAAAGUAAAGAGACCCAAUGGUACGGAAGAGCCAACUGAAUUUGAGAGAGAGCUUUUGGAUAUGACCCAGAAUGCUAGUAAAUUGGGAAAUGAGGAAGAUCAAAAGUGGGAUAGACCUCCGCUUCCUAAAACUUUCGAUCCUCAUUCUAUGGAUGUUACAUUUCAACAAUUAGAUGCCGAAGAGACUACUGUAGGAGAUAAUUCAUCGGCAAGGUUCUUUGGGGUUACAAGAGAAGGGCAUUCUGUGUUAUGUAACGUCACUGGAUUCUUGCACUAUUUCUAUGUUCCAGUUCCAAAGGGAUUUUUUAAAGAUCAGCAUUUGUCAGGCUUUAUUAAUUAUAUGAAUAAUAAUUACCAAGGUGUGCAUGAUAUUGAAAUAAAAUUGAAAGAAUCUAUUUGGGGUUAUAAUAAGAAUCUUAAGACGCCUUUUUUCAAGGUGAUUGUCAAUAAUUCGAAGAACAUUAGUAAAAUCAGAACUGCUUUUGAAAGAGGCGAAAUCAGGUAUGAAAAUUUAUUUCCACCACAGAAUGUUUCGUAUGAUAAUAUUAAUUAUCUAUUAAGGCUAAUGGUAGAUUGUAAAAUCACAGGUAUGUCAUGGAUUACUCUCCCUAAGGGUAAAUACGAAAUAGUAGAACUGUUUGUUCAAAUAUCCACAUGUCAAAUUGAAUGUUCUAUUGAUUAUAGGGAUUUAAUUUCACAUCCAUCUGAAGGUGAUUGGUUAAAUAUGGCCCCACUUCGUAUAUUGUCAUUUGAUAUCGAAUGUGCUGGUAGAAAGGGUGUUUUUCCGGAAGCAGAACAUGAUCCCGUCAUUCAAAUUGCUAACGUGGUACUGAAGGCAGGUGAGCUGAGACCAUUUGUAAGAAACGUAUUCACAGUGAACACCUGCUCUUCAAUUAUUGGUUCUCAAAUCUUUGAACAUACGACAGAAGAAGAAAUGUUGAUGCAUUGGAAGGAGUUUAUUGUCAAGGUGGAUGCAGAUGUCAUAAUUGGUUAUAAUACUGCCAAUUUCGAUAUACCUUAUUUAUUGGACAGAGCGAGAGCAUUAGGGUUGAAAAGUUUCCCAUACUUCAGUAGACUUAACAAUGUAAAACAAGAAGUGAAAGAUGCUGUAUUCAGUUCUCGUGCUUAUGGUACAAGAGAAAAUAAAGUUGUAAAUAUAGAUGGAAGAAUGCAGCUCGAUUUAUUACAAUUCAUUCAAAGAGAAUAUAAAUUGAGAUCGUAUACAUUGAAUUCAGUUUCCGCCCAUUUUUUAGGAGAACAAAAAGAAGAUGUCCACCAUUCUAUUAUAUCAGAUUUACAAAAUGGUACUAAGGAAACAAGAAGGCGCUUAGCAGUCUAUUGCUUGAAGGAUUCUUAUUUGCCAUUGAGAUUAUUAGAUAAAUUGAUGUGCCUUGUUAAUUAUACUGAAAUGGCAAGAGUUACGGGUGUUCCGUUCUCUUACUUGUUAUCAAGAGGUCAACAAAUCAAAGUUAUAUCUCAAUUGUUUAGAAAGUGCUUAGAAGAUAAUAUCGUAAUUCCUAAUAUGAAAAGUGAAGGAUCCAAUGAAGAAUAUGAAGGUGCAACUGUCAUUGAGCCCAUUAGGGGCUACUACGAUGUUCCUAUUGCAACAUUGGAUUUCAGCUCAUUAUACCCAUCAAUCAUGAUGGCACAUAAUUUGUGUUAUACUACACUAUUGAAUAAGCAAACGAUUAAAAAUUUCAAUUUAACUGAAGAUGAUUAUACAUUGACACCAAAUGGUGAUUAUUUUGUCAAAGAUCAUAAAAAGAAAGGUAUUUUGCCUACAAUUUUAGAUGAAUUGUUAACAGCAAGAAAGAAAGCAAAAUCAGACUUGAAAAUGGAGACUGAUCCAUUUAAAAGAGAUGUUUUGAAUGGUAGACAAUUGGCUUUAAAAAUUUCUGCUAAUUCAGUGUAUGGUUUCACAGGUGCUACAAUUGGUAAGUUACCAUGUCUUGCAAUUUCCUCAUCUGUUACAGCAUUUGGUAGAGAAAUGAUUGAGAAGACAAAGAAUGAGGUAGAAGAAUUCUACUCUAUCAAAAAUGGUCACCCGUUUGAUGCACAAGUUAUUUAUGGUGAUACAGAUUCUGUUAUGGUUAAGUUUGGAUAUGAGGAUUUAGAAAAAUGUAUGAAAUUAGGAGAGGAGGCUGCGAAUUUUGUUUCUACAAAAUUUAAGAAACCGAUAAAGUUAGAAUUCGAGAAAGUCUAUUUCCCGUAUUUAUUGAUCAAUAAGAAAAGAUACGCAGGAUUGUAUUGGACAAGCACAGAAAAAUAUGAUAAGAUGGACACAAAAGGGAUAGAAACAGUCAGAAGAGACAACUGUCGUUUAGUUCAAAAUGUUAUUACCAAGGUGUUGGAGUUUAUUUUGCAAGAAAGAGACGUUGAUAAAGCCGUAAGGUUUGUGAAGCAAACAAUUGCAGAUUUGCUACAAAAUAGAGUUGAUUUGUCGCAAUUGGUUAUUACAAAAGCAUAUUCAAAACAUGACUAUUCAGCCAAGCAAGCACAUGUUGAAUUGGCAGAAAGAAUGAAGAAGAGAGAUCCAGGUUCCGCCCCUACGUUGGGUGAUAGAGUUGCAUAUGUUAUUAUCAGCUCAUCUAGUACCAAGAACUAUGAAAAAUCUGAAGAUCCAUUGUAUGUCUUGGAGAACUCCUUGCCAAUUGAUGUCAAAUAUUACUUAGAGAAUCAGAUGUCUAAUCCCUUGAUGAGAAUUUUUGAACCAAUUUUGGGUGAAAGAAAAGCGAAGGAAGUGUUAUCGGGAGCUCAUACAAGAACAAUAAAAAUGUCUGCACCUAAAACUGGUGGAUUAAUGAGAUUUGCAAAAAAGGCAGAACUAUGCAAAAAUUGUAAAUCACCGUUAAAGUCAUCAAACCAUGGGGCAUUAUGCGAAAAUUGUGUUUCAAAAGCGCCUGAAUUAUAUGGUAAUGCCCUAGCACAAAUGAACUAUUUGGAAAAUAAAUUUUCAAGAUUAUGGACUGAAUGCCAAAGAUGUCAAGGGUCUUUGCACCAGGAAGUUUUAUGCUCCAAUAAAGACUGUCCUAUUUUUUAUAUGAGAAAAAAAGCGCAAAAGGAUGUAUUUCAACAAUCUCAAGAGCUUUUAAAAUGGGAUGAAACUGUUUGGUAG